AUGCGUUCUUCACUUCUUCUCGCUCUCCUACCAGCUGCAUUAUGUUCACCAACUCAGCCUUCUAAGCCUGCUCCUCUACUACAGCGCAGAGAUCAAACUGGCGUUCUUCCGAACAAGUAUAUUGUCAAGUUCAAGGACACCAGCGUGCUUACCAGAGCUGAGAGCAUCCUGAGUACUCUCGCCGUUACCCCUGAGCAUACGUUUGAGCAUGUAUUCAAAGGGUUCUCUGGAGAGCUUAACCAAGAGACACUAGAGGCUCUCCGUAACCACCCUGAUGUUGAAUACAUUGAAGAGGAUUCUAUUGCUGGUAUCGAUGCCUAUGUUGACCAGCAAAGCCCUACCUGGGGUCUUCGCCGAAUUUCUCACAAGGUUCGGGGCUCCGUUCCGACUUACAGAUACGACGACAGUGCCGGCGAUGGUACAUGCGCUUAUGUUAUUGACACUGGAAUAGAUGCCACGCACCCAGACUUUGAAGGCCGUGCUACAUUUGCUGCCAACUUUGCAGAUACAUCUGACACUGAUGGUCAUGGCCACGGUACCCACGUUGCUGGCACUAUUGGCUCCAAAACCUACGGUGUGGCUAAGAAAACGCUGCUCUAUGGUGUUAAGGUUAUCGAUGACGAUGGCAAAGGAACUACUUCCAGCAUGAUCAAGGGUCUUGAUUUUGUUGUUGCCGAUGCCCCCAAGCGUAACUGCCCCAAGGGUGUGGUUGCUAAUAUGUCUCUGCGUGAUAACGUCUCUGUUGCUCUCAACGCAGCUGCAGCAGCGCUUACCACUAAUGAUAUCUUCCUCGCGGUGUCUGCAGGAAACCAAUCCCAGGACGCCUCCACUCAAUCUCCAGCGUCAGAGCCCACUGUGUGCACAAUCGGAGCCUCGGGCAUUACCGACCAACUCUCAUAUUAUUCGAACUUUGGAGCAGUAGUUGAUGUUUUUGCCCCUGGCGACGGCAUUGACUCUCUCGCUCCAGGUGGAAAAACCGUUGCUAUGUCUGGCACUUCUAUGGCCUCCCCUCAUGCAGCGGGUCUCGCCGCAUAUUUCGCAGCCCUUCAUGGCUGGCCAGGUGCUUCAGCUCUCUGUGAGCUCCUCAAGAGCUAUGCUCAAAACGAUGCCGUCAAGAACAUACCUGCCGGCACUGUUAAUAAGCUGAUUUACAACGGCAACCCUGAUGCCUAA